AUGUCGAAAAUCAACCUGGUUUUUGUAGUCUUCGCGGUCCUUGCCUUUGUGUGUAUCACAGCUGGCAAGAACUGCGAGACCCUAAACGGCACAUGGUAUAAUCAGCGUGGAGACGAACUUUAUCUUGAACGCAAAAGUGACGGCAGACUUGUGGGUGAAUACAGGACUGAAGAACAAAGACAGAAUCGCUCAGCAGUGGCACACUCUGCUGCGCUGGGUGAGUACGUGAGAUUUUUCUUUGAUUUUCCUCUCUUUCCUUAUGAAUACACCACACUGAAAAUUAAAAAGAUCUGUUUCAGCUAAAAAAGAAGUACCAAUUUAGCCCCUCAGGCCUAAAGUCUGAUUUAAGCACUCCUUACAAGGUAUGUAAAAUAUCUGUUCGGAGAAGAAAAUAUUGCCCAGAAUUUUCUAUCACUAGAGGACGGCUAAAAAUUUCUAGAUAACCGUUCCAUUCAUGUACAAUUUUCGAAGCUUAUCUAAUAAAUCCCCUACGAUUUCCUCAAGUUUAAUAUUCACAUUUUACUUCCCAAGUCAGGCUAUUUUUCUGAGAAAAAAGGAAACCUAAGAUCUUCGGAUUCAAAAAUGUGGAGAGUCGGGAAUCAGAAAAUGUCUCACUUUCGUAAUACGUCAAAUUCCAUCUAAAAAUUUCGGGGAAGAAAUACUCAAGCCCUUAUAAUUUCGAAAAGACUCAAGUUCCCCUAGGAUGACCGAACAGAUACAAAUGUUAUAGCGCAUUCCUACAGCUCUAAAACUACUCUGUAUAGCCCAAAAAGUGUUUUCAAUGUAUUUAGCUGAUUUAGGAGGAAACUGUCGUUGGGUACCCCUGACAACAGCCCCAUCAAAAGCCUAUUCUAGCCCACGCUGAUGCCCAUUUCAACCCUUGGCAAAUCAGUGCUAUUAAAUGGACCGUGUUAGCCCUGAUAAAGGGAGUCACUAAAAAUUAGAGCCAAAAUCAGGACAGCAUUUUACUCACCGAACGACCCCAUUUUUAGGGCUAAAACAGAUCUAUCUGAUUUACAGCGUACAUACUAAUUAGGCCCAGUUAAGCCAAGCUGUGGUUGAUUUACCUCGGGCUCUUCACCCAUAUUACAUUUGAGGCCCUGUCAGUUCUGGUGACUUUGAUUGCAGUGUUAGAGAGCGGCUUACAUCACUGUAAAGAAUAACAACAGAUUCUAUUGUAUAGAUAGGCGAUUGUUUUCACUGUCACGCAACCAAAAAAAUACCUGAUACUCAGGUUAAUUGGAAACCGUCAAGUGGGAGAACGUCUUUGUGGCCCACAGUUUCUGAGUUAUUUACCGAAACGUUUCACGCACCUUCGGAGCUUUGUAUGGAGACGCUAUAUUGGUGUACCGUUUUGGUGCACCAAUUGAUGGUUUUCACGGUGACGUCAUCAGAUUGCAAAGUCAAAAAAGCGAGGUUUUACGAAUUCUUAUUUACACUAGGUUGAAGAUUAGUAGGAAAUACAUCUUUGUACAAGUUUCCAGCCCCGAAGCAUGUUUCAUUUCGAAAAUACAGCAGUUUGAAGUUCCGAGUUUUCACAGUGCGUGACACCAAAAGAGGAAUGCUAUCUCCUUGAAAAAAAGUCUCUCCUCUUGAUUUUCAGCAGUUUAACCAUUUCAAGUAUUAGAAGAUAUGUUUAUGCGCAAGUAUGCUAGUUCUCGAGUGAAAAGGAAGAGCUUUUAUAGAAAAAGUGAACUCCAGAUGUUUUUGUUGAUUUCCGGCGGCCAUAUUGGUGGACAGUUUCUGUCCACCAGUAUGGCGGCUCCAUACAAAGCUCUACAAAGGUGCGUGAAAUAUUUCGGUAACUAACUCAGAAACUGUGGGCCACAAAGACCUGAGACUUGGACAAAUUGUUUAUAUAUUAGUCUUUUAUAACAUUUCAUUUUCUUGGCUUCUUCCACUGGACGGUUUCAAAUGUAUUUUUUUGUGCCGUGUUUAUUGCGUGACAGUGAAAACGAAGAAUAUGGCCGCCGGAAAUCAACCAAAACAUGUGGAGGUCACUUUUUCUAUAAAAGCUCUUUCUUUUCAGUCGAGAACUAGCAUACGUGCGCAUAAACAUAUCUUCUAAUACUUGAAAUGGUUAUACUGCUGAAAAUCAAGAGGAGAGAGUUUUUUUUCAACGAGACAGCAUUCCUAUUUUGGUGUCACGCACUGUGAAAACUCGGACGUUCAAAUUACUAUAUUUUCGAAAUGAAACGUGCUUCGGUACUGGAAACUUGUACAAAGAUUUAUUUUUUGUUUAUCUUCAACCUGGUGUAAAUAAGAAUUCGUAAAACCUCGCUGAAAAUCAUCUAUAAAAGCUGUAGUCAUGCAGUUCAAUUUCUCGUGACCUGAUUUUCGACCUCCAGAUUUUGUUCACAUUUAAACCUUACGAUACCAAAUGAAUGCUUUUCGUUUGUACACUCUGUCAUUUUAAACUGUAAUAAAUGACCGAAGAUCCUUUAGUACCGAAAAUUCCCGGGGGAGGGGGGGUACUUGCUUACGAGAGGCUAAUGGAGCUAUAAAAGCGUUCAAAAAGGGGGUACUUUACCAUGGGGAAGAUUGUAAUAGAGGGCCAAAAAAUGACCCUCCAAUACUCGAGCCCGCGUUUUUAUUGGUCAAUAGGUGACCUUACAUGACGUACUUGCUGGGUUGUUUGCCACUCGCUUGGCUUGGUCGAUCGCUUGUCAGUUGUCAACCGUCGCGUGGUAGGUGCUGUGCUGCCGUUGUACCAUGCCAAAACGUUCUCCCGCAAAGAGAGAUUUUAGAGAUAACGGGGAGAGAAAAAUAAAAAGAGCAAAGAAAGUGCUUCUUCAUCAACCAGCAAAGUGGAUGAAGAUUUGGUAAGAUCUUUCUGUUUGUUUUCUGUUAUGGCACCCCUUUUCACCUUUUCUCGUAUUAGGGGUAAGCUCAUAUGAUUUCUUGUUCAACUUUUUUGGAAUGAAAAAAGCGUUUAAUUCACGAGGAAGCUAACAUAUUUUUUAUACUACUGAGUUGAUCAUCGUUAAAAAGGGAACAUGUUCUUUUUUCCAUGAUCGAGGGCAAGCUACCACGACAUAUGACAUGAAGAGCUUUGUUUUUGUACUAGCAUGAUUUGUAGUGAUAUUUGGCAUAAAUACCACGAGUGAUAUUUCGAAAUUGUUAUACGUAAUUUCAAAUUUGAGACAAUUUUGAAAUAUCACCCGUGGUAUUUAUGCCAAAUAUCAUGUACAAAUCAUGCUAUUAUUUGUUUAUACUACUACCUGCAAAAGGUUUGUAAUUUUCACAUGUAGGUAUUUCAAAUUAAGCUGAAAUACCACUGCUCUAAGCCAAUCAAAUUGCAGUAAUUUGUCAUGUGGUAGGGUAAGGCGUCUAAUCUGUCGAUUUCCAGGGUUUACCUCGUUGUAAGAACCUGUGAACUUUUUCUUUGUUUCGCACCUUUUGUUUUUCUGUAUUCUAUUGCAUUGACUUCUUUGUUUCCUCUGUUUACGUCACUUGUGAGUUUAACAGGUUCUUACACCGAGGAUGAGCUGAUUGCCAUUUAUGGAAAUCAAAAAGCAACCUUGAACUUUAGACCAUAACAAAUAAAUAUAUGGCAGCACUCCUUCAUACUUUAUCUAUCGAUAGUUGGCACUACAGCUGCCCCCGCUCUGUAUGUAUCGUGGUCGGUCAAUAGUCUUCUUGUUUGUGUAGCUCUUUAAAAAACAGAUUCAUAAUGGAUAUUUUCACACAUAUUGUUUCAUGCAGUGAUUCAGUUCGAUUUUAAAGCAGCUCAGAUCAAACCAUUCUCAGUUUCGAGAAUAUUUUAUUCUAAAAUAUAAGCAAAGAUUUGAUUAGAAGUUGUAAUUCUUCACUAUUUCUCUUUUACUUUUAAUUUGAAAUGUUUGAUCACAUUGCUCUUGGGUGUUCUAGUCAUUUAACUUUUAAGACAAUACGCUAAUGAGAAUUCGAUGAAGAGAAUUGUUUCAUUAUGAUGGAAAGAUAUCUGUUGAAGAGCAGUAUUCACCAUUUUGCAUUCCGCAAGAGAUACUGAAAGCAAAGUUUAUGCAACAAUAUUGGGAGGGGGCAGACAGACAAGGUGUAUUAGGGAAUGCAAAAAUAACAAAUACUUGUGGUUAUAUAAAUGUCACUUAAGAUUUGAACAAGUUGAGUAAUUCAUAAGUUUUUUGGCAAGUCUUAGUUACAUGUAGCUGAACCAUACAUUUAUAACAAAUAUGGAAACCUUGGAAGUUUAGCUCUGUGGAUUUGACCUUAAAGUGGAAAUCAAAGUUCUAUUGUAAGAUGAUACAAGAUAUUUUUAUUUCCUCAAAUACAAGCCAUCCCUUUAUUAACCACCUCCCUCAAAUACACCGAAUGCAAAUAUGGCGGACCUCUCGGCCGGCCCGGGUCUAGUUGCGCGAAAGCGAGGCUAGUGAGGCCUCAAGAGUUUUGUUUUGACUGCGCGGCUUAGCGAUUGAGUCGAUCGAUAUGUUUUGCUUCGAGCUGUUGCAUGCCUGAGGGCCACAAAAAAGAAGAUUUUACUCUAGCUGGAAUAGCCUUUAUUUCCCCGAGGUCUUUUCACAAAGAAAGUUAAAGAUUCAUGCGAUUCGGCGCGGCGAUGGGAAGCACUUCUUAACUGCGAAAGUAUGCUCGCUUCACUUGCUUUAGAUGAGAGGACUCACGAAAGUAUUUGAAUGAAAUAAUUUUCACAAGAGAUGGUGCUGUUCCAAGAUGUCUGCAUGGUCUGUUAUUUAUCCAAAAGAAGGUAAACAUUCUCGAGUACGGGAGCAUCCGCUGUGGACUGUAAGAUCUUUUAGAUUUCACGCUGAAAACAGCUGCAUUAAAAUAUAACAACAACAAUAACAAUCGCCUGUUAAUCCUACAAGCGUGGCCUGUGAAACUAUGUAAGAACCAGAAGAAAGCGACAUAUUUCAAGAACAGUCCUUGACCAAAGUGCACUGAAAAAACUAACAGAGGAACCGUUGCCAACUAAGAAAGUAAGAAGAAGGAAAAAGGUUCUGGCAGAGAAAGAGCGUGCAAGUAUUCGAGCAUUGUAUUUGACCUUGCGCGUGAUCACAGUUUAGCAACUUGUCGAAUGGUUUCGAGAUAAACUAACAGCGAUUUUCCAAAAAUUGCUUCUUUUAUGGCAUUGCUCAAUCUCUUAAACACAGGGUCGUGAAGACUGUGAAAACAUUCGGCCUUGUUGUCUGUCGUUGUGUCGAGCCCUGAGAGCGCCUAAAGAUUGGUAAGUCGCGACGGCGGAUUCACUCGUUCUCGAGGAUAUUUACCUUUCCUUGGUAGGAGAACGGACAAAGCAAACUUGAAACAGAACCAUGAAUCUUUCAGUUAUUCACCCAUUCUAAUAGUUUCGUGAGUCUUCUCUUCUGAAUGAAGUGAAGCGAGCUCACUUUCGUUCUUUUAACUCCGUAAUAGUAAAGUGCCUCCAUUCGCCGCGCCGAAUCGCUUGAAUCCAUUUCUUUCUUCGUAAAGAACCUUGGCAAAGCAAAAAUAAUCAACUUUCGUCUCUGCUGGACUUACAUCUCCUCUUUGAUGGCUCUUAAGCACGUAACAACUCGAAGGAAACCAUAUUGAUCGACUGAAUCGCUAAGACGCGCUGUCAAAACAAAACUAUCGAGGCCUCACUAGCCUCGCUUUCGCGCAACUAGACCCGGGCCGACCGAGAGAUCCGCCAUAUUUGCAUUCGGUGUAUAAGAAAAUCUUUUCUAGUAAUAGUUGACAAUACAGCUCCACCCCCUCUGUAUAUCGUCAGUCAAUAGUAUUCUUGGUCAUUGUGUAGCUCUUUGAAAUAUACCAAUUCAUGAUCAAAGAUUUUCACACAUAUUCUAUACAGAAGGUGAGAGUGAAAACAGUAAACAAAAGGUUCCAUGCACUGUUUCAGUUCGAUUUACACAGCUAUGAUCUGAAAGCAUUCUCUGUUUUGAGAAUAGUUUAUUUUUAACCAUUGCAAAAGAUUUAAUUAUUAGAGGUUAAAGUUUUACAAGAAGUUCAUUUUAUUUGCCUGAAAUUAAGCCUUAGAAAUUAAAAGGUUUGAUCAAUAAUUGCUCACAGAUGUCCUUCAGGGGAUUAAGUAUUAGAAAUGGCUAGAACAUGCCAAAGAGAUAGAGAAAGAGAUCAAAGAUCUGUGAACUUGUGUCUGGCAAACUAUCCAAGUGUUUAUAUACACGGUCAUACACACCUUAUAACCUCAUCUCCGCUUAACGAUGUAACAUUUCCCAAGCAUUCAUUAUAUAGAGGUGUUCGAUAUAGCAAACCCUCCACUUAACUAACACAUUUUCCCAGUCCCUUUGCAUGUUAAAUCGAGGUUCCACAAUGUACUUAAAUACUUUGAUCACUAAAACUCCUUUUAAACGAUAUCAUACAGCAGAGAAGUUGAUAACGGAUUUGUUGUUGUUCUUGUUGCAGGAAGACGAAAAGUGAUUAAUGAAAGAAGAUCAUUAAGAAAAAUAAAUAUCAAUAAAAAAUGGUGUAUUCAUUUGCAUUAAAAAAAACUUUUGAACGUCGUUUCUCCUUAGACAACAACCACUCGCACGUCCCAGCUCCUUACAGAGGCGUCUUCUCUAUUUUCUAAACAACCAUUUUUCGACUAGAUUCUGUUUUUUAAGAGCAGGGAAUUUUUAGAUAAAACUUCAUUGACAAUCAUUAUCAUGAACCUCUCUCAUAAUAUUGGGAAAGGCUUUUCGUUGUGCGUGGUUUGUAGAAUCUCGUUUUUGACUCUCUUUUACUGUUCAUUGUAAUUAUUGUUCUUUGAAAGUUCAUAUUUCAGUUUAUUUGUUGCUUUGGUGCAUGUAUGUUCUUUUUAUCCCCAUAUAACGGUGACGUGGGAUCCUAUUCACCACCGGUGUUUAGUUUUCUGUAAGCUAAAAAUAAAUUUAAGUAAAACCUUCAUACACCAAGAAGGGUGGCUUCAGAAAAGAAUAAGGCUCGAGGAUGAUAAUAGGUGGUAGAAAUGAAUAGUCUGUUGAACGCUGUGCUUCCUCUUCGACAACAACUAGUCAAACAUUAGAGAUCGUUACAAAGCUUUCUUCUCUAUUUUUAUAAAAACCAUUUUUCAAUCACUAUUGAUUUUAUUCACAUUGAAAUGUUGCGAGUUCUUAGGCUCAGUAAACCUUGUAACACAUUUCCUAAACUCCUUUUUGUUAUUGGAAAUGCUUUUCAUUGCGCGUGUUGACUAGAAUCUCGUUAUUGACCCUCUUUUAUCAUUCAUUGUUAUUCUUUAUUAUUAGUUAAUUUGUUGUUAUAACUUAAGAAUCAUCUUGUACAUUCGUGACCUUGUACUCAAAACCGUGACGUAAAAAGGCUCACACUCAGCCUCUCUCCAACAUCAAUAGCACAGCAUAAAAGGAAAUUUAAUUCUUCGUUAAGUUUUACGACAAGUGAUAUUGUAUACCGCAAGACCCAACCUAGAGAGAACAUUGGGGGAUCGAGGGGAGGGGCCUGGGCCAUUAUUUUUAGACCAGAAUGAGGCUCGAAGAGCAGAAAAUGUUAUUUUAGACUGGGUCCGCCACUACAGUAACAUCGAAAAGAAUGUGUCAGUUUGAAAGUAUCAGAAAAGUUCACGAAUUUUAUAGACGGUGUUCUCUUGAAAGGAAAUUUCUUUCUUCGUAAUGACCGAGUAUUUAAAAGUCGAUGAUUACGAAAACUAACGUUUUGGAAACCCAUAACCACCGGAUUGUAGCUUCCAGUAAGAUUUAACUAAAAAGACUAACGACUGCAUGGAUAAGAAAAGAUUAAAAAGACCUUCAUGACAACAAAAUAGGUCGCUUCGGACGAUCAGCCGAAGAUGAUAACAAGAAAAAAAAGACCAGUCACUUGAAUGCUGUUUUUCUAGUCAAACUGUUUCAACGAGUCAAACGUCUGAGCUCCUUACAAAGACAUUUCUCCAUUUUUUACAAAAACCGAAUUUCGAGUAGCUUUUCUCUUUUUUUUACGUUUAAUGAAUUCUUAGCAAAUAUUUGAAUCAAAAUAACCCAUAUAAAUUUGAUACUAGUAACGGGAAAGGCUUUUCCAUGGACAUGGUUAGUAGAACAUCGUUUAUGAUCCUCGUUUACCAUUCGUUGAAUUAUUCUGUGUAAGGCAAUCCAUGUUUCAGUUUAUUUGUUGUUACAAGGUCAACUAUUCUCGAACUUGCUUUGGUGCGUGUAAUUUUUUAGCCGUAUAUAACGGUGACGUGGGAGUGUCGACAUUCUUUCCAGAAUAAGAAACUACAAAAAGACAUCUACCGAUGAAAAGCAAAACAGACGAUUUCGAUGCCUAAUCACCACCUGUGUUUUUCUUUCUGUAUGCUUGAAAUAAAUUUAAAUAAAACCUUCAUACACCAAGAAAGAUGACUUCAGAAAAGAAAAAGGCCCGAAGAUGAUUAUUGGCGAUAGAAAACAAUAGUCUCUUGACCGUUAUGCUUCCUCUGACAACCACGAGUCAAACGUUUGUGCUCCUUUUUAAGGUAUCUUCUAGAUUUUCCUAAAAACCAUAUUUCGACCAGAAACGACCUUACUCACAUUCAAAUGUAGCAAAUUCUUAGGCUAAACCGUGAAAGACCAACUUUCUAAACUCCUUUUUUAUUAAUGGAAAGGCUUUUCGUUGCGCGUGGUAGGUAGAGUCUCCUUUUUGACCCUCCUUUACCAUUCAUCAUAUUAUCCUUAAGCUUUUACCAUUCAUUGUUUUAUUCUUUAGAACUUUAUUUUUUAGCUUAUUUGUUGCUAUAACGUAAGAGUUAUCUUGUACAUGCGUGACCUUGGUAUCCGCUCAAAACUGUUAAAAGGGUCCACACUCUUUCCAACAUCAAUAGCACAGCAUAAAGGGAAACCAAAGUGUCUCGGUUAAGUUGUGGACAACCAAUAUUGUACGCCGCUUUGACUAAAACUAAACCUAACCUAGAGAAUACUAGAGACGAAUUACAGCAUGUCGCAGUUUAAAAGUAUCAAAAAAUGAUGCCUUUAAAAAUGGUGUUCUCUUAAAAGAAUUUUUUUUUUCGACAUGACCGAGUAUUUUGAAGUCAAUGAUUAAGAAAACUAACAUUUUGGGAAGUAACCUAUUCACCAACAGAGUUGAGCUUUCUGUAAUCUUUAACAGGAAGACUAGCUGUUGAUUGCAUGGAUGAGAAAAAAAAUUAAAAACCCUUAAUACACUAAGACGGUUAGCUUCAAUUCGGAGAAGAAUACGACCGGUCCAAGAUGAUAACUAGUGGUAAAAAUUUAGAACAUGCAGUCAGUUAAAUGCUUUUUUUCUAGUCAAACUGUUUCAACGAGUCAAACGUCUGAGUUCCUUACAAAGACAUCUUCUAAAUUUUCUUAAAAACCGUGUUUCGAGUAGCUUUUCUCUUUUUUAUACGUUUGGUGAAUUCUUAACGAAAUCUUUGAAAAUAACUCAUUUAAUUUGUUACUAAUAACGGGAAAGGCUUUUCAACGGACGUGGUUAGUUCAUUGAAUUAUUCUGUGUAGGGCAAUCCAUGUUUCAGUUUAUUUGUUGUUACAAGGUGAACUAAUCUUGAACUUGCUUUGAUGCGUGUAUUUUUUAUCAGUACUUACCGGUGGCGUAGGAGUGUCGACAUUCUUUCCAGAAUAAGAAACUAUGAAAAGAAAGAUCGAUUUAGACGCCUAACAACCGCCGGUGUUUUUCUUUCCGUAUGCUUAAAAUAAAUUUAAGUACAACCUUCAUACUCAACAUUCAACAUUCAACAUUCAACAAGAGAGGAAUAUGUCCUACGACUGGACAAAGAUGGCCAAUGUAACGUGUCACAACGCUCUUCAUAAGACAUAUCACCUCUUUUUUGCCUAAGAGCUAAUCUUGACGCGCGUCUUUGCACGCUCUCUAUUGCAUGAAUAUCUUUGACAAGAUGUGGGUUCCAGACUGGAGCAGCAUACUCUAGAAGUUCUCGAUUUUCCUAAAAAACAUAUUUCGACGCGAGAAUUGACCUUAUUCACAUUCAAAUGUAGCAAUUUUAUAGGCUAAACUGUGAAAGAUCAAUUUCCUAAACUCCUUUUUUAUUAAUGGGAAAGGCUUUUCGUUGCGCGCGGUACGUAGAGUCACCUUUUUGACCCUAUUUUACCAUUCAUCAAAUUAUUCUUAAAUUUUUACCGUUGACUGUAUUAUUCUUUAGAACUUUACUUUUCAUCUUAUUUGUUGCUUUAACGGAAAAGAGAUAUCUUGUGCUGCGUGGCCUUGGCAUCAGCUGAAAACCGUGGUAAACGGGUCCACACUCUUUCCAACAUCCAUAGCACAGCAUAAAGGAAUUAAAUCAAAGUGUCUCCGUUAAUUUGAGGACAAGCAAUAUUGUACGCCGCUUUGACUAAAGCGGGAUCCAACCUAGAGAGUACUAGCGACGAACUAUAGCAUGUCGCAGUUUGAAAGCUUAUCAAAAAGUGAUGCCUUUAAAAAUGGUGUUCUCUGGAAAGAAUUUCUUUUUUCCACAUGACCGAGUAUUUUGAAGUCAAUGAUUAAGAAAACUAACGUUUUGGAAAGUAACCUUUUUACCACCAGUUUUUAGCUUUCUGUUAUCUUUAACAGAAAGACUGUUGAUUGCAUGGUUGAGAAUAAACAUUAAAAAUUCUUAAUACACAAAGACGGUUUCCUUCGGAGAAGAAUACGAACGGUCAAAGAUGAUAACUAGUGGUAAAAGAGAACAGUCGGUUGAAUGAUGUUUUUCUAUUCUACUCAAACUGUUUCAACGAGUCAAACGUCUGAACUCCUCCAUUUUCUGAAAAACCUGUUGCAAAAAGCAUUUCUCUUUUGUAUACGUUUGGUCAAUUCUUAGCGAAAUCUUUGAAAAUAACCCAUUUAAAUUUGUUAUUAAUAACAGAAAAGGCUUUUCAAUGGACGUGGUUAGUAGAACCUCGUUUAUGAUCCUCCUUCACCAUUCAUUGAAUUAUUCUGUGUAAAUCAAUCCAUAUUUUAGUUUAUUUGUUAUUACAAGGUAAAAGAAGUUGAACUUGCUUUGAUGCGUGUACUUUUUAUCCGCAUAUAACGGUGACGUGGGUGUGUGGACAUUCUUUCCAGGAUAAAAAACUGUGAAAAGAAAUCUACUGAUAAAAAGAAAAACUAACGAUUUCGACACCUAAUCACCACCGAUGUUUACCUUUCUGUAAGCUUGAAGUAAAUUUAAAUGAAGGCUUUAUACACCAAGAAGGGCGGCUUCGGGAAAGAACAAAGCCCGAAGAUGAAACUAGGUGGUAGAAAAGAAUAGUGACUGUCUGUUGAACGUUGUGCUUCCUUUGACAACAACGAUCUAAACGUUCGAGCUGCUUACAAAGCUAUCUACCCGAUUUUCCUAAAAAACAUAUUUCAACGAGAAUUGAAAUUAUUCAGGCAUUCAAAUGUAGCAAUUUUUUAGGCUAAACUGUAAAAGAUCAAUUUCCUUUAAAACUCCUUUUUAAUUAAUGGGAAAGGCUUUUCGUGGCGCGCGGUACGUAGAGUCACCUUUUUUACCCUAUUUUACCAUUCAUCAAAUUAUUCUCAAGUUUUCACCAUUCAUUGUAUAUAUUCUUUAGAACUUUAGUUUUGAGCUUAUUUGUUGGUAUAACGGAAGAGAUAUCUUGGGCAUGCUUGACCUUGGCAUCAGCUGAAAACCGUGGUAAACGGGUCCACACACUUUUCAACAUCAAUAGCACAGCAUAAAGGGAAAUCAAAGUGUCUCCGUUAAGUUAAGGACAGCAAUAUUGUACACCGCUUUGACUAAAGCGGGAUCCAACCUAGAGAGUACUAGCGACGAACUAUAGCAUGUCGCAGUUUGAAAGCUUAUCAAAAAAUGAUUCCUUUAAAAAUGGUGUUCUCUGGAAAGAAUUUCUUUUUUCCACAUGACCGAGUAUUUUGAAGUCAAUGAUUAAGAAAACUAACGUUUUGGAAAGUAACCUUUUUACCACCAGUUUUUAGCUUUCUGUUAUCUUUAACAGAAAGACUGUUGAUUGCAUGGUUGAGAAUAAACAUUAAAAAUUCUUGAUACACAGAGACGGUUUCCUUCGGAGAAGAAUACGAACGGUCAAAGAUGAUAACUAGUGGUAAAAUAGAACAUUCGGCUAAAUGCUGUUUUUCUAUUCUACUCAAACCGUUUCAAGGAGUCAAACAUCUGAACUCUUCCAUUUUCUGAAAAACCGUGUUGGGAGAAGCAUUUCUCUUUUGUAUACGUUUGGUGAAUUCUUAGCGAAAUCUUUGAAAAUAACCCAUUUAAAUUUGUUACUAAUAACGGAAAAGGCUUCUUAAUGGGCGUGGUUAAUAGAACCUCGUUUAUGAUCCUCCUUCACCUUCCACUGAAUUAUUCUGUGUGAAUCAAUCCAUAUCUUAGUUUUUUUGUUAUUAGAAGGUAAAAGAAGUUGAACUUGCUUUGAUGCGUGUACUUUUUAUCCGCAUAUAUAACGGUGACUUGGGUGUGUGGACAUUCUUUCCAGGACUGGAAACUGUGAAAAGAAAUCCACCGAUAAAAAGAAAAACUAACGAUUUUGACACCUAAUCACCACCGAUGUUUACCUUUCUGUAAGCUUGAAGUAAAUUUAAAUGAAACAUUUAUACACCAAGAAGGGUGGUUUCGGGAAAGAAUAAGGCCCGAAGAUGAUACUCGGUGUUAGAAAAGAAUAGUGACUGUCUGUUGAACGUUGUGCUUCCUUUGACAACAACGAUUUAAACGUUCGAGCUGCUUACAAAGCUAUCUUCUCGAUUUUCAUAAAAAAACAUAUUUCGACGAGAAUUGACCUUAUUUACAUUCAAAUGUAGCAAUUUUUUAGGCUAAACUGUGAAAGAUCUAUUUCCUUUAAAACUUUUCGUGGCGCGGUACGUAGAGUCACAUUUUUGACCCUCUUUUACCAUUCAUCAUACUAUUCUCAGGUUAGCAUUCAUUGUAUUAUUCUUUAGAAUUUUAUUUUUUAGCUCGUAUUUAUUUCUAUAACUUAACAGUUAUCUUUUACAUGCGUGACCUAGGUAUCCGCUGAAAGCCGUGGUAAACGGGUCCACACUCUGUCCAACAUCAUUAGCACAGCAUAAAGUUAUUAAAGUGUUUCCGUUAGGUUGAGGACAAGCAAUAUUGUACGCCGCUUUGACUAAAGCGGGAUCCACCCUAGAGAGUACUAGCGACGAAUUAUAGCAUGUCGCAGUUUGAAAGUGUCAAAAAAUGAUUCCUUUAAAAACGGUUUUCUCUUGAAAGAAUUUUUUGUUUUGAAAUGACCGAGUAUUUUGAAGUCAAUGAUUAAGAAAACUAUUAUUUUGGAAAGUAACCUUUUUACCACAAGAGUUUUGCUCUAUAACCAGAGUAUAAUACCAUCAACUGACGUGAUACAACUUACCUUGACUCUGAAUUCGAAGAUGACCGCACAGGUUGUCGAAACAUUAGUCAUGCAAUGUCAACAACAAAGUUCUAUUCAGGACUACGUUUACUCGGACGAUGAAACUCAACCUACUUUUGAAAUGACUCCUGGAUUUAAACCUUUCACAUGAUAAUUAGUGGUAGAAAAGAAUACAGUCGAACCUCUCGGUAUGGACACCUCUCUAAUACGGACUCCUCUCUAUUACGGAGAGUUUCCAAUGUCCCGAGAAAUUCUCAUAUAUUUUAAAAAACCUCCAUAAUACCGACUCUCUCUAAUACGGACAACGGACACGAAAUCUCGUCCCCAGAGAGUAAUUUCAUAUAAACUUAACCUCUUUAUUACGGAUACUACUGUGAUCAGGUGCUGACCCCGAAUCCCGAUCAGGUGAAUCUGCACAGGGUGAAUCUCGUUUAUGACCCUCUUUUACCAUUCUUUGUAUUAUUCUUUAAAACAAUGUUUGCCAGCUUUUUUAACUUAAGAAUCAUCUUGUACAAGUGUGACCUUGGUACCCACUUAAAAUCGUGCCGUAAAAAAAUAAAGGGUCGACAAUCUUUCCAACAUCAAUCACUAAAAGGAAAUUAAAUUGUAUUUUAUCAGUUUGAUUACAAGCAAUAUUGUACGCCAAUUCGACUUAAGCAGGACCCAUUUUCUUUUCGAAGAAUUAUAGCAUGUCUCAUUUUGUUAGUAUUAAAAGUUCAUGUCUUUAAAAAAAGUGUUUUUUGAAAGAAAAUCUAUUUUUUGACAUGAUUUAGUAGGUUUAAGUCAAUAAUUAUAAGCACAACUAACGUUUUGGAAACCUGUUCACCACCGGAGUUUAGCUUUCUAAAGAGCUUUAGCAGAAUUGACUAUCGAUUACAUCGGACAAAAUUCAAAACACCUUUCAUAGAAGAGGGGUGGCUUCAGAGAAGAGUAAGUCCGGUCGAAGAUGAUAACUGGUAGUAAAAAAUAUCAUAAUAAGAUUCCAACACCCUUUUAUUUUUCAUUCUUUGAUUAACUUUUACAAAUAUUUGUGUGAACCUUUUUAUCACAUAAAACGAGAAGGUAAGACGUCCUUUUUUGGCUUCAUAAGCCAUUGGAAAAGUUGUUUUGGUCAGUUUGCCAACGGCAAGAAAAUCUACAUCGACUCAAGUUUGCACCCAAAAUCAGAUAUUCAUUAUUUGAAAAAGGUUCUUUUGAAGGAAAGACUCCAUCCAUGACAUCUACUAAGUUACUAUGGGCAUUUCACUUCAUUCUGCUGCCUAAGUAGGUGACAGCGCUGUUUUAUUUUUAUUCCGUCAUUGAGAUCCGAGCCAACAGGGGUUAAUAAGGCGGCGCAGUGAGUAGAAGGAGUCUUUAUAACAUCAGUGGCUUUCUUACGAGUGACUGCAAAUAAAACCGUACAGAGAUGGCUAAGACGGCUUAGGACACGUUUUGGUUACCUUUUUCUUAGGCCGAAAGUCGAGACAGCUGACUAAAACAAAGGAAGAGCGUAGCAAUUAAAAUUAGCCCAGGUAAUACUGAAAGCAUCAACAGCUGUGGCACCAGGUUCUCGAUGCCAUGAAACUAAACUAUCAGACUUGGCAUUAAGCCUUGAUGCAAUAAAAAGUAGAUUACAUGAACGAAGGUCAAGCCUGCCUGAGGUCAUUAACUUUUGAGACCACUCCAAGUAAGAUGGAUCAAGUAAGGUCUACGGCCAAUGGUCUCAAUCAUCCAUAAACCUGUCCCAAGACCACUUUCUGAUAAACAAUGGGACCAAGAGGCAAUUCUAAAGGAUAAAUCCAGAUUGGUAACGGGAGAAUGAUUUUAGCCAUUGCUGCACCAUGGUGGUUCGGUGACAGAUUUGCACGUUAACUACACCACGGAUACGAAAUACUGCAAAAUCACCAUUCAGAAACUAAAAGAACAGCUCAUAUCACUAAAAAGUUUAGGUUGUUUCGUGUAAUGCGUGAUAAAAUAGUUUGUGGGUCCUAGAGAGUCGAUUAUAUACGAUUUUAAAAGGUGGUAUUCCACAGUGCUAUGAAUUGCCCUCUAUUACAACGUUCCCCAUGGUAUUGUACCCUAUUUUUGACUGCUUUCUUAAGUGGCUAAUGGGGAUGUGCUGCUGAAUGGUGUCGCAUUUUCACGACUGGAUUGUGGUCGCAAAUUUUUAGAUGUUGGGGUAAGAAAGUUCUUUAUAUUUACGGUUAGCAAACGUACCAGAAUGUUUGUACUGUAGGUGAAAAGUAAAGUGUUCUUCAUUCAAUCUAAAAAAACGGGCAGUUAAUUUUAGGAUGACCUAUUUAAAGGAUUGGUAAGGAAGAUACAUAAAUAGAAAGACUAUCUCCGACUUGUUUCAAGCAUGAUUUUUGAACCCCGUUACUGUUUCUUAUGAAAAUAAGUUUCAUGUACACUCGAACUUUCCUGUCAUGAGGAUAACAGAAUUCUACAAACCCGGAAAAUGCCAAAUUUAACAAAGAUUUGGAAUUUUUUCUGAGAUAUUCCGAUGCGAAACAACAAAAAACGAGAUCAGUAUCCAGAUAGAUCCAAAAACACCGCAUUGAUGUUACUUGUAAACACUGGCAAACCUGACGGCGCGAAGCUUGAAUGCAAAAGACCGACCCUGUUGUUUGUUUUUUUGUUUCUUUUUUUUGCAGAUUGACCCGAAACAGGGUUUUAUUCGGUUCAAUCAAGAAAUACUUAACUUCACUUAUUCAUUACAUAGGUACUGCACCUUUUAAUCAUGACAACACCGAAAGCGUCUUUGGAUUUGCAAUAGUCUGGCAAAACGGUACUUCGACAACUGUGUGGACAGCUCAGUGUUUGGUGUGCGUUGAUGGGCAUGAAAAAAUUUUUACCUCCUGGUUAGAGCGAUUCACUGUGGGUUCACGGAAAGAAAUUUCGAAAUCAACCAGAAUUGGGAAAGACACUUUCACACGAUUUGAGCAACAAAACUCUGCAAACUGGUAUGAAUCAAGCUCAGUGUCACCUCCGACUGUCCGAACAAACAUCAAGAUCUGGGACACUGAUGUAAAAUCUAAACCUUGCAGUAUAAGUGGUACCUGGUAUAAUCAGUUGGGCUCCGAGACGAUCUUAAACCAGAAAAAUGAUGGCAUCAUUGAGGGAGAGUACCGUACUGGUGUUGAGCGAAAACCAGGCUCAGCUGGGAAGAGCUUCUCGAAGGUGUUGGGGAUCGGACAAGUUGGUGGCCCUAGCAGCACUCUGCCAUUGAUGGUUGUCUGGAAAGGUGGCGAAUCUGUGACUGGGUGGCUUGCGCAGUGCUUCAUCGACGGAGAAAACAAGACAGAGAUCGUGGAAACCGCCUGGUUGCUGAGAGCCAAGGUUGACACAUGCUUAGACACCUGGAAGUCGACGAUGUUUGGCCAGGAUACCUUCACACGCACUGAGCAGAGGGCAGGGCCUAGAAAGAAAGAUAACAAGCAUGUACCACUAGACAGGAAAACCCAGGGUGAAAAACAGCAAAUCACAUGCGGAGGAGGAGGUCAGCAUUAUUUCAACUCUUUCGCAUUCUUGAAUUUGAUUUUGAUCAAUUCUUUAGCCCAGUGGUUGAAAUAAAGGCUUAAUCCUUCGAAACAGGACAAAACAUUUAACGCAGCAUGCAGGGCUUGAAUAAGACUAAUGUUAUUAGUGUAGUCUUAGAUUCUAUUGUUAAGAGAGCUAAAAAAUGUCUCACACCGAUUAUAAAACUCCCGACCUAGGACGUAGCUUACACCAUGCUAAGGCCAUAAACUACUUGGAACACUGCCUCAUGGUCAUUACUUAUUGCAACUCAGUCUACGAUAUUACCGGUGAACUGCAUGAUUGUGUUGAUUUGAGCAGUUCAUGCUAUAUGUUCUAGACUAAUUAAAACCUCCUUUAAGCUCCUUUUCUCUUACAUUUGGCACGUUUACUGGUGACUUUAAAUUCUAAUUUUUACCCCUGACUGUACUGGCUAAAGAAAUUUGUCUUUCAGUCUUAUCUGUGGUUGACGGUUGUAGCCGAUCCACAACAACCUCUUUGUUCUUUUCAGAGCUUUAGCUGCUUUUAUACUGUCCUUCUGAUGUGAAAGACCAUGCUAGAGAACGUUUCUACUGCUUUACAACACUAAACCUCUACGAUAUGGCUGAAUGCCUCGGGGAUCGAAAGACCUUUUUGCAAGACGUCCCAUUCCUUAAUGGCUUGGUAUUAUAGAAGUUUAAUAAAGUUUAUUAGUUAAGUUCCAGUGGGUUUAUCUCGCGUGCACGCACUAUUUUCCGCGUGCAACAUAGAAAUAGGGAGAAGUCUUCACACAGGUAUAGUGGCUUACCGCUGGAAUUCGUAUUCUUUCAUUUUCAGUCACUCAUGUGUACAGAGUGUCCCUCCCCUCAAACAAAUAAGAUGGGAAGGGGCGGCUGUACACACCAGCGGUUUCAUACGGUUUCGUUUUUCCUGGUCGAACAGCUUUUUUUGACAACCAUGACACUUCUUUUAUCUCAGGGAAAGAAGUUAAAGGGAGGUUACCGACAUAUGUGAAUGUACUGUCUUUCAGCUACCCAAGGUUAAAUUUGGUUCCUUUGCUUUGUUUUCCUACAUUUUUUUCUAUUUUCGACUACAGGUAGUUGCGCUCCUAGCUAUAGCAGCGAUUUGUCACUGGCUAGCGAAGCAAUUCUAUUCGUGUAAGACAACCCGAGAUAGUCUUGGAUUCUGGGUUUGACGCUGUGGGUUCUGGAUUCCGGAUGCUUUCUCGGGACUCCGGAUUCCAUUAGUUAGUGGGAUGCUAGAUUCCUUCAGCGUGGUUCCAGAUUUUGUCAGCGGAAUUCCGGAUCCCAUCGCCCAGGAUUCCAGCUUCCACGACCAAAAUUUUCAGAUUCAAGAAACCGCAUUUCUUUACAUGGGGCGAAAGGAAUAUUUUAGUCAUCUUGAAAUUUUAUGGGACUAAUUCAUUUUUCGUGGCAAAAAGGGAGAACUUGUGCAAUGUUUUUAGCUUUCAGUGUAGUUACUGUCUGUGUUGUUAAGAGCAUGAUAAAGCCAACGGUGUAUUUCAUGAACACACAUAAUAUUUUAUUUUACACGUUUUACUUUAGAAUAUUGACCGCCAUCUAACUCGAUAAUAAUUCAGUAUCGUUUCGUUGUAAAGCCUUACCAGCAGAUGUAAAACGAUUUUAAUUGCAAAAUACCCCUGGCAGGUAAUCAUGUAGUUCUUUGAAAUCACAGCCGCAACAAUUUAUAUAUAACUGAAGCAGCAAUGGUCAUGCUAUGUGGUCAAUCAAAUCAUAUAAAGGCAAACUACAGUUGAAACUAUUGUGUUGUCUGUACUAUGAUUUUUCAGUUAUCGAUUACAUUGCGUACGUGAAUAACACCUUUUAGAUUAUGUGUAAAAGAAUAAAAGCUGUUGGAACCAAGUUUGCGUUAUUUACUGCUGCGUACCAGUUAAUAUUAAGGUGAAUGGAUUGAUUCCAGUCCUCCGGGGAAAUGACGACCCUUCCUGUCGUACGAGCCAGUUGCUAUAGGAGAUAUAACCGUUAACAAUUAUUAUUUUCGUUAUUCACAUUUGUGACAAGUGAGACAAAAUAAUCUUUGUUUCAAGAACCAAUGCGCUUCUCGUUGGCACAUUAAUAUCAAUAGGUGACGUCAUCGUGAUUAUCAGUGUAUGGGCUAAGUUUUCCAAAAGGUGCCGAAAUCAAGAGGGGAAAGUUCCCAUCAAGUCCAGAAGUCGCUUAAUUUUAGUGGAAGAGACUUCCGUCACAAAGAAUCUGAUGGGAACGUAGCACAUAUAAUAAAAUUUACUAUAUUGUGGCGAGUAUUUACUUAUAAGAUCAAAAUAAAUUACCGGAAGUAUUGCGUAUUGUCGUUACGGCCUAUGCACCCUGUGUUAUUGAGACCCAGUUUAAAAGUUAAACUUUUCAUGAACCGACUCUAAUCCCUUGAAUAAGUAAGUGCAUAAAAAGAUCGACGUUCUAACCCAGACAACGCAGUCAAUUUCAUCAACCCAUAUAUCACAUCAGUGUAGUGUAUUUGCUUUUGCAUACAAGUCCCCUCUUGUUAAUACAGUCGGUGUAAGGUACUGCUAACCAGCAAAUUGCUAAUUUUAAAAAAAACUUUCGUGCUACAAUAACACACAAGAACCAGACACGAAUACAAACAAUAAGGUACGAGUUGUGUAGGAAAUAUAAUGGAAAACUGAAACUGAAAAACUAAAUUUUCUCAUAUUAGAGUCCCAGGGUACUAUUCAUGAAAGGGCUUCAGAGUAGAGCACAGGUACAGAAUUAGACCUACACAUCUCUUAAUUAAAUUUACCGCUACCUUACAGUACAUCAACUGGUCGUACAUGUGAUAAAAUGCUGAUUUGACGUUGGCGCCGUUUAGUAUAAGUUUUCUAAAGAAAUAAACUUUAACAUUCUGAAACCCUCAAGUCGUCUGGUGUCGCUGACUCGGCUAAAAUUGAAGUUAGCAAAUUUAAAUUUAAGUGUUAUUCAUUGGCCAUGUGAAACAUUUUUAAUUAACGUUUUUUUUUUAAUUUAACAAUGGUUUAGCUGUCAGCCAUACAACAUCCAGGAGGCACAAAAAAAGUAAAUUGAAAAAGGAAACAACUUCAAAAUUAACCAUCAGCUGACUUGUAAAGUGAUUGCGGGGCUCUUUGAAUCAUGUCGUGUCCACUCUACAACCUGUCCCUGAGUUUUACAGCCACUGUAACGUCAAUUUGUUGCCUUUCUGCUAUUUUGGCCAUUCUAGAAAAUACGGCAGUUCUUUCAUCCGCGCAAAAGAUUACUUCGUUACUUCGUUGUAUUUUAUGAUCUCCCUCGCCGCCGGAGAGCUCUUCUCUACAGUAAUUACGGAAACUCAUUUUUGUCCGCGUGGCUGAUUUUAAAUCAUUAUAGCCACGGAAACGGCACAGCCUUGUGGAAAACGGAAAGUACGAUGUGGUGUCUCACAACCAUGGUUACGACAUAUAACUUGGUCAAUGUGGCGUUGGAUAGAUACGUUGCGAUAACGUCGCCGUUACACUACUAUACCAAAAUGAGCUCCAAGAAGUGUUUGACACUUAUUGGUUUCGCGUGGCUUUUAUCGUUUUUAAGCGGGUUGGUGGUAUACCUUAUUCCCCAAGAAUAUUUACCAAAAGUAUGGAUUUAUGGACCGAUCGUGGUCGUACUAAUUCCCUUGUGUAUAAUAGCAUUUUGCUAUUUUCGCAAUUACGGGGCAUCGAAAGGCACUUUCCCGGCUCGAGUGAACAUCGUCGAUGCUCAACAAGAAUCUGAAAACAAACGACAAAGAAAGAAAGCCUUAACAUUUGGAAUAAUAACAGUAUUGUUCUUUGUUCUGUUUGCACCGGUUAUUAUUUUCAACUUCAUCCAAUUGCUUACACAUGAGACAGAAUUAUGCGUAAGCCCCACUGUGAGAAAAGUGUGGAUUUGCAUUUAUUGCUGUUGUUUCGUAUUGGAGCGCAAUUUCUGAUCCCUGGGUGUAUAUGAUCAGAAUGCCUGAGUUUAGAGCCGCGUUCAAGAAGUCGCUUCCUCCUUUUCGCAAAAAUUUAUGCAACUUUUCAGAAAAACGGUGCCAAGAUGGAAAAAAAGACGACAGCGAAAUUUAUAAAAUGGUUUCCAAGAAACUGGGGUAGCUUACGAAAAGGAAAUUUUCGACACAGCUCUGUAAUUUCAAUUUAAAAGUUAGCCAAAGAGAUCGGCAGCUUGACAGCCCAACUAAAUGGUCAAACGCUUUAUCAUUUACAUCUUGUAUGAAGUGAAAGCUUUCAAGAAGUACCACCUUGAAGAUCCUGGAAAACCGUGACGGUGGCUAGGGAAAGAACGAUUUAUCAUAACAAUUUACGAAAUACAAGAAACUGGUGUAUUAAAAAGUAUUGGUUGAGAUAAAAGGAAACAUUUUAAAUCGCCCAUCUACAAAAAGGGAAAGGAGGCGCAUUGUUUUUGGCGUACCGCAUGAUGAAGCUUGCAAUUACGCUGCAUUUCAAUCAUCUGCUAAAUUUAAUAAUUCGAUAUCAAUAAUUACACGAAACAAAACUGAACAGAAGCAAUUCGCGAAAAAUAAAAUGAGAGAAAAGGGAAUAAGAUAUGAUCAGAAAAAAAAAGAUGUUCGAUCUAUGAAAGAGAAGGGCCAAAUUGCUAAUUUUUAAAUGCAGUCAGAUCGUUAUAAUAUUUUUGUGAAAAGAAAAACAGCUUUUUACUUACGUUUAUUUUGCGAUUUGCAAAUUAUCAAAUAUUAUUCUUGACGGAAAUAUCUACCGGUUAGAAACAACCAAUAGGAGAUGUAAACAAUAUGGCAAAAGAUUGUUUCGCGACUCAGAUUUGUCGCAAAAAUUGAUGAAGAUCACAUUCAGUGUCAAGUUUAACGUGAUACUAUUUCAAGUUUAUAGUAAUAUAAUUAUUUAUUUUUUGUUCAACCAACAGCAUUGAGGGCAAAGAUUAUCCGCCUCGGCCUACGACACACCCUCCUCGAUCUCCAUAGUUCUUCAUAAGAUACUCAGCAUCAUUCGUUAAUUGUUAAAUAAGAUCAAAAUAUAUUACCAGAAAUAUUGCCUAUUGGCGUUACGACCUACGCACCCUGUGUUGACCCAGUUUGAAAGUCAAACUUUUCAUGAACUGACACUAAUCCCUUGAAUAAAGUGCAUGAAAAGAUGGACGUUUGAAUCAGUUAAAGUCCGACAUGUCUAAUUUGGGUCGACCCAUUCGUUUCAAACGUCGACCGCUUCACGUUCCGUAUCUAAUGCAUAUAUUACUAAUGAUUUAUUUUCACUGGUAAGCAUUGUAAAUCAUUGUAAAUCGUGAAAAAAAAAAUGAGUCCGACUUAUAAAAUUCGACUUUUGAAUAAAUCGUCGAGCUUAUACCAUUUGGGUAUUAAGUUCGGUACAUUUUCAUGAUCGAAACAUGUGAAAAGUUGAACGUUGCAUAAAAUUUACCUUAAUGAUCACUCUUUUCACCUUCCUCGAAUGCCUUCAGGCCAGUGUUUCCCCGGAUUUCUAGUGCAACAAGACUGACAUUUAUAACAUAUGGUUACAAAAUAAAUUUCCAGUCAGUUCUACUGUAUAUACGUCCUGGUCUCGCACUUAUUAACCUCUUAAGCUCCAAUAAUAUCAACAUGCACAUUCUCAAUAUUGUUCUUCAUACAAUUCUUAUAAUACUUCUGGAGAGAAUUUGUUUAAACAUCAAGACAUUUCAUCUUGAGUGAGCAUUGCCUUUAUUCUCAUGACCUGUAUGUUUGAUCAGACUCUGUUAUUGCUAGGAGAAAUCAUGAUGCCGGUCAUUUUUAAGGCUCUAAUGUUGAUUUAAGUUUUAUUGAGGAAGUUUGCUUGCUGUGUUCUUUAUGUCUAUAGAAAACAGCACACUGUAAAUGUUUAAAUAUAUCAUUUUUGAUGAUCAUUUUGCAAAACGCACGUGAACAUAAACCCAAAAUUGACACAACCCACUUCAUACUUUUGUUUGUUCUUAUGACUAAUUCAUAGUCGAAACAACAGAUUCUACAAAGCUCAAUACGGAACUAAAAUCUUCCAACGAGCUAAGCACUAACAACGUGAAUAACAUAUAUAUAGCGAGUGUUACAAGUCUACGAAGAAGUCUUCGAGACGGCCUAAACCAGUAACUCCUGCAUGCCCCAACCCUUUACUUGUGGCCAAAAUUUUAAAUAAGCCUUCAAGGAAGCACGUUACCGAUCCUGGCAUUAUCAGUUAUCUGCUAUUGGACUUCGUGUCAGUGAAACAUUUAAAUCAUUGGAGGACGGUCUUUUGGAUCAUGCAAAAAGUACUAAACUGCAUUUAUUGUCUAACCUAUUGCAGGUACUGCACCUUAUGACAAGCCCGGUGUAGCCUUUGCUUUCUCAGUUGUUUGGCGGAACGGUACUUCAGCGACUGUGUGGACAGCCCAGUGUAUUUUGUGCGAUGGCCAUGAGAAACUUCUGACUUCCUGGUUGCAACGAUACAUUGUUGGUACGCGUAAAGAUAUUUGGGAAUCAACCAGAAUCGGGCAAGACACUUUCACACGAUUUGAGCAAUCAAAAUCUCCUAAGAUGAAUGAGUCCACGUCAAUCUCGCCUCCCUUUGUCAGAAGAACCAUCAAAAUUUGGGAUCCAGAAGUAAAAUCCAAACCUUGCAGCUUAAGUGGUACCUGGUAUAACCAGUUGGGCUACGAGACGAUCUUAAACCAGAAAAAUGAUGGCGUUGUUGAAGGAGAGUACCGUACCGCUGUUGAGCGACGACCAGGCUCAGCUGGGAAGAGUUUCUCGAAGGUAUUGGGGAUUGGACGAGUUGGAGGCCCAAGCAGUGUUUUCCCAUUCAUGGUUGUUUGGAAAGGGGGCUCAUCCGUGACUGGAUGGCUAGCGCAGUGCUUCAUCCAAGGAGAGAACAAGACAGAGAUCGUAGAAACCACGUGGCUGUUGAGAAUCAAGGUUGACGCAUGCAUUGACAACUGGAAGUCGACAAUGUUUGGCCAGGACACCUUCACACACGCUGAGCAGAGGGCGGGGCCAAGAAAAAAA